CAAGUAGUAUCCAACGGUGGUCAAAUUUGAGACUAUUGAUUCCAACGCCAUCAACUAUUCAUUAGCAGUGUCGAAUUCAAAUUUGAAAAAGGAAUCUGUAAAUUCUCCAUUUUUAACGGUCAAACUCUGAAGUCCGAUCAGAAACGAUGUUCAAGAGAGACGACUACAUUCGAACUAAUCACGACGCCGUCUCUUCCAAGUGGCAGGGUUUCGCCCGAUCCAUGCUUCUGCGUAAACCCGUCUCAGAAACUGCAGAAUUACGCAAGAUUUUUGCGGACUACUCCUUAAUUUCUCGAGAUUUAGGUCCAAAGAUUCUGAUAGGAGCCAGCGAUAAGGAAAAUUUCAGAAAAGGGAAAGAUCGUGUAGGUAGAUACAGAGUCCAAGGAGCCUUCCCGGGUCUGUUUGAGCUCGGUCAUGACCAUGGCCGAAAAGAUGAUGUUCUUGUGGCUAAUCUUGGUCAAGCUGAAAGUGAAAGCAUUAGAUCUCGGCUCCGGUCUUAUACUAGAUCUUUUGCUCAUCAUGACUUUCUUAAGCAGGGUUUGUCUCAAACAAUUCUUCCUACUACUCAGAACAAAAGUGGCAACCGAACCGAAGAGAAGAAGUCUGAUUCUGCAGAAGAGAGAGAGGUCAGUUCUGAUGCUGCUGAGAAGGAGGGUAAUUCUCUUCCAUCUCUACUUAGACUCAGUCGGUCCAGACCUCAACCGGUUUCAGACAGACAUGAUGACAUAGUUGAUGGGUCUGACUCUGCUUCUGUUUGUGGAGUCUUACUAGAAGAUGGUACUACUUGCUCUACAACUCCAAUCAAAGGAAGAAAGAGAUGCUCAGAGCAUAAAGGGAAGAGACUUUCACGUGUUUCCCCCGAAAAACACAUACCGUGUGAAGCUCCUACUGUAAGAGAAUGCGAAGAAACUGACAAUAUAUGUGGAGUGAUUUUACCUGACAUGGUACGUUGCAGAACAAAACCUGUUUCAAGGAGAAGACGAUGCGAGGAUCACAAGGGAAUGAGAGUUAACGCCUUCUUCUUUCUGCUGAACCCAACAGAACGUGAUAAGGCCGUCAAAGAGGAUAAAUCCAAAUCCGAGACAUGUACAGGCAUGAACCAAGAGGAUCCAAGUCCGGGUCUUUUUUGUGAAGCUACAACAAAGAAUGGUUUGCCUUGUACAAGAAGUGCUCCUGAAGGAAGCAGAAGAUGUUGGCAGCACAAAGAUAAAACUUUGAACCACGGAUCAUCCGAAAAUGUUCAGUCAGCAACUGUAAGUCAAGUAAUUUGUGGCUUUAAGCUGUACAAUGGAUCGGUAUGCGAGAAAUCUCCAGUGAAAGGGCGGAAGAGAUGUGAGGAGCACAAGGGGAUGAGAAUCACAUCUUAAAUUCAAAGCAUUAGAGUAAAUCCUUUUGUAAGUACCUAACCAGGAUGUUAUGUACCGAGCCGGUUUGGUAUUGGUAAAAUCUGUUGACUUACCGUAUCAUACUUGAACUCUAGAUAAUAAGGUUCUAUGAAUUAACUAAGUAGAUGCAAGUUAAUCGAACCUAAUAUGCUUUUCUGUAAGAGCAGCUUUAUUGUUCUCCAUCAAUGUCUCUGUAAUAAACUUUGCUGCUUUCUGCCAUAAUGUAGAAGCUGCCCGCAAACAAGCUCAAUAGUCAAUACUCAUAUGUGUA